CUGCGGGCCGGGCAGGCAGGUUUGCGGGCAAAAACCCACGGCGGCGGGUCCAGGCGGCAGCCGCCCAGAGCAACAACCCUUCCCUCUGUGGACUGGAUGCCUGCUCGGAAGCAGCAGCGCAUCAGAGAUCCACCCUAUCGCGCCGCACCGCCGUCCGCGCCCAUGUCAUCGACGCCGCCGCGGCGCGCUGACCUGUCGCCCUCGCCCUCUUCCUCGUCUUCGCUCCUCUCCCGCCUGCGCUCCGCGGCGUCCGGUCUCCUGUCCCGGCAGUACAGCACGGAUAAGGGAGGUGACGGCACUGCUCGGCGGAAUGGUGGCGGCUCUUCCUCCGCGCCUAGGACACUCAGGCCAGGAUUCGUGGAUCCUUCAAAAUGGAGACAUUUUGACUCGAGGGCUUUUGGCAUUAACCUGGAUGCUAUACCUAAAGAUGCAUUGUUUGUUCUAAAAAAGCUCAGACGAAAAGGUUUUGAAGCUUAUCUUGUUGGGGGAUGUGUGAGAGAUUUGCUACUGAAAAGGGUACCUAAAGAUUUUGAUGUGAUUACCACUGCAAGUCUCGAACAGAUUAGGAAAAAUAUAUUCAAGCGAUGUAUGAUUAUAGGCAGACGCUUUCCGAUAUGCCUGCUUAAAAUGAAGGACUCAGUAAUUGAGGUCUCAAGCUUUCGAACAGUUGAUAAACAUGCGAAUAAAAGUAAAGAGGUAGAUUGUUUGGAAGAGUUGAGUGGCUAUGAUGAUGGGGAUAUCCUUCGCUGCAAGAAUUCUAUGAGAAGAGACUUCACAAUAAACGGUUUAUUCUUUAACCCAAUGAACUACAAGAUUUAUGAUUACGUGAAUGGAGUAAGGGAUAUGAGAAAAAACAAAGUGUGUACAGUGGUUCCUGCUCAUAUUUCUUUCAUGGAAGACCCUGCCAGGAUUUUACGUGGCUUGAGAAUUGCUGCUCGCCUUGGUUUCCAGUUUUCCAGUGAAACUUCUAAUGCGAUACACGAUCUUUCUUCAUCUAUAAUUAAUAUUGACAAGGCAAGGUUGACGAUGGAAAUGAGCUAUAUGUUGUCUUAUGGGGCAGCAGAACCUUCUGUUAGGUUACUUAGAAAUUAUGGACUACUUGAUAUUUUACUGCCUUUCCAGGCAGCAUAUUUGUCUGAUCAGAUGAAGGGUAGGACAAGUGACAAAGAUUUGAUGCUUAUGAAACUAUUGGCUAAUCUUGACAGAUUAUUCUCUGCAGACCGGCCCUGCCACUGCUCUUUGUGGAUGGCAUUGCUGGUAUUUCACACUGCCCUGGUUAUUUCUCCACAAGACACCCUGGUAAUAAGAGCUUUUGCUGCACUUCUGUAUUUCGGAUCAUGGGAAAGCGCAAUUGAAUUUCUGAAAGAAGAAGCUGGAGCCCAAGUUCCAUUUGUCCCAGAGACACUGGGUCCUUCUCAGGCCAAACUGGAUGAUCUUAUGGAACAAACAUCACACCUAGCAUCACUAGUCAGUACUUCAGUACUUACAUUGACAUGUUCUGAUGCUCUGGAGCAAUCACUAGCCAGAUUCUCAGAGCCUCCACAAUUUUCGGGAGUAGUGCUCGCAUCCAACAAAGAGAGGAGCAGGUUGCUGGAAAUAUUUGGGACCUUUGAUUCUGACUUGACUUCACAUGAUGAGCGAAGAUGGUUGCAUAAGAUCGAUUACUGGUCGCUGAAAGAUGGGAGUCCUGCUGAGGUCCGAUUUGUUAUCGGAAAAGUGAUCCUGGAUACUAUGAGCGAUAAGUCGCUGUGUGAAUCUGAUGAGGAUGCUCUGGUGUUCUGAUAUAGUCGGGUGCAGAUCUUGCCGAUGAAAUCCGUCCCGUCCGCCAUCGUCCGCAUUGUGUUCAGCCUUAGUGAAGCAGCACCGCAGCAGUCAUCGCUGGGAAGAAAUUAGUCUAUCUGUCAUGUUUUCGGUCAAUGCUGCUAAACAUAUAGGACUAGGAGUGCGAGGGUUUUUUUUUUUUGAUACUUGAGUGCGAGGGUUGAGAUUUUUCCGGCGCUGUAGGGUGGCAACACCACAAGCCAACCGGCCGCAUUAUAUUGGUGUAGUUAAAUUUAUCUGGAGAAAAUAGUGUCUAUUUUUUCUUUAAAAUGAAGAGAGAGAAUGAUAUCUUAUAGGGGUAGUAAUA